UCAGUGUUUGUUUUUCAAAAAAAAUUCAAAUUUGAUGGAGAAAAUGCAAUUUUAAAUACCAACACGCCUAUUCCGCUAGUAAUUUUGUAACUUGGUUUUCUCCACUUUGGAAGCAGCUAGAACAAAACAUUUUUCACUGUUAAAUAGGGCAUUGUUUACACUAUAUAUACCGCUAUUCAAAACAGAAAAUUUCGUACCUACGAUUUUUUCAGAAAAUGCCGUCUAAAUGCCCACUGUGCAAGAUGCUUAAAAACUUAACUUCUUGAAAUUUCUUGAAUUCUUACAUUUCUUACCAAAAUCUUGUAUCAAGAUCUUAUAGUAGACGACGUCCUCUUUUAUUUGAGAUUAAGCUGAGAGUUCUGUGCGAGGACUUCUAGGUUAAUGGCCGUGAAAUAAAAGUUAUUUCCACAUGCAAAUCCUAUUUCUGCUGUGAAACUGAAAAGCUCUCCUAGUUAGAUAAAGAGCUGCGUUUUUCACCCUGAGAAUCAGUGUGCCAAACUAUAGAGAAAAUUUGUGUUCAACAUUAGUUCCUCCUAGUCACGACUUCGUAGCGACUGUCUUCUUUUUCCUCUUCUUUUGUAGAAAGCCAAAGCUGGAUCAAAACAUUAUUUCGACAUGUCUAAGUUCAAGUGUGAUACGGUUCGCCAAGUACUUUUCCAUUAAAAAUAAUGUCGUUUUUUCUAUUUUGGAUUCCACCUCUUCUGCAUUUCAAAACAUACGUUUUUUUUCUUUUCGAUUUCUAUUUUAUCGAUUGAAUAUUAAAUAAACAAUAAUUACGAAGUGUUACUUUUUCUAUUAUAACUGUUUGACUUUGUUUCGGAAAAAUUUCUUUUUUCUUCGGUAAUUCUUUUAGGACGAUUUUAAAACGGUAAUAAAAAAGAAAAAAAAGGCGAAACAUAGACAAAGACUUUACACGUAAACUCAUAUAAAUUUCGAAGAAACGUAGUAUAAUUUUAUAGUAACUUUGACACUUAUUUUCUCAGUUUCAAUAAAAAUAAAAAAAAAUGCUUCUAUCCUAUUAUUUACUGAUUAUACUGCUUACUGGGCUCUAUUCUUCGCAUGAUUGUAUAGAAAUUGGUAGGAUAGUCAAUGUCAGUUUUCAACAGGACACUAUCGCGCCUUUUCUUCUGUGCAACGUAUCAUCAUGCGAACACUGUGUAUGCUAUAUACUCCAAAACUCCUUUGUCUCCUUCAAUUGUUACACAACGAAUUUUACGUGUGAAUUCUUCCAAAGUUAUUGUUUGAAUCACAGUAGUUACAUUCUGAAUUCGUCAACAGAUUCGAUAUUUUUCUUCGUUUCAUUACCUACACUUAUUAAUAAUAGUACACAAUCGCACCAGUGUAAGUGUGUGCUCUUAUAGCUAGCAAUCUUAGUGUGUCGCUCGCUGUUUUUGAUAUUGUUUAGCUACGAUAACGAGCAAUUCAACUACUACUACUACGACAAGUAUAGCCUCCCACUUUCAUUUAAUCUGAAUGGGAGGCCCUUAAAAAAAACCUUUCCAUUUAUUUAGCUACAACCCCCGCGUCGAACACCUCCAAUUCCAGAACGAGUAAGAUUUUACAACUAUAAAUCUAAGGUGAGUCUAUUGGCACUCCCAGGGAGUGUCAACAAGGAGCUAUUGCCACUCCCAGCAACUGUUUGGGAGUGUCAACCAGAAGCUAUUGGCACACCUAGGAAAUGCCACUACACUGCAAAAAUACAAGAUUACAGUGGCGCCCUCAGCGAAUAUCCCAGUAACCGCUGUCUAUCAGAGAAAUUUGACUUUUGCAAUAAGAACUUUCAGGUUUGCUCCUUGAAUUUAACAGGUUCAUGUAAUGAAUUUGAGUGCCAAUAGCUCCUUGUUGACACUCCCAAACACUUGCUGGGAGUACCAAUAGCUUCUUGUUGACACUCCCGGGAGUGCCAAUAGCCAUUCCGAUAAGUCUGACCGUUAUCGAAAAAUAACCGCAAUGUGAUUUUUUAGCUACAUCAACCACAACCACAACGAUCACCACUAGAACUACAACAACGACAACAACAACCACAGCUACCAAAAGUACAACGUCCACAUCAUCGACCACCUCCACUACCACAACAACAACAAUUUCAACCACCACAACAACAUACACGACAACAAGUACCACUAGAACUACAACAACAACAACUACAAGCACGACCACAACAACCACAACUACAAGUAUGA